ACGGUCGUCAAACAAACACAAACUACACGAUCUGAGGUCAGUUUCUCAUGAUGGAGAACAGAGGGAACAUUGAUUCUGAAAUGAUAGAGAAGAAGAGAAAGAGUCAGAAAACAGCCUCAUCAUCUCCAGAACCCAGUGUUGUGUCUCUGAAGAGUAACAUGUCAUUGCCUAAUCCACCUGAUCUCAGUGAUGGACCAGUAUCAUCUGAACCUCUAUCAAAGCGUCAGAGAAGAGCUUGUGCAGAACCUGAUCUCAGUGAUGGAUCAGUAUCUUCUGACUCUCUAUCAAACACUAGAGGUGAAGAUGAUGUGAGUGCAGACGUGCAGCAGGAUUCUCAUCAUGAAUCAGUGGAUGAUGUUCUGCAGAGAGUCAAAGACAAACACAAAAGCAUCAUGAAGAACAAGUAUGAGAAUUUAUUUGAGGGAAUCAAAGCACAAGAGAAUCAAACCCUCCUGAAGAGAAUCUACACACAGCUGUACAUCAUAGAGGGAGAGAGUGAAGGAGUGAAUGAAGAACAUGAGGUUUUACACAUGGAGAAAAAACACACAACACAACACUCACAAGACACUCCCAUCUACUGCAAUGACAUCUUUACACUUCAAUCACAUCAAACACACAAGAUCAAGAGUGUUCUUACUAAAGGCAUCGCUGGAAUUGGAAAAACAGUCUCUGUGCAGAAGGUCAUUCUGGAUUGGGCCGAGGGAACAGCCAAUCAGGACGUAGAUUUCAUGUUCCUGCUUCCGUUUCGAGAGCUGAACUUGAUCCGAGAGCAUCGCUACUGUCUUCACAAACUUCUGCUGGACUUUCAUCCUGAACUUCAAGAUGUGGACUCGCAGGUUUAUGAGGAGUGUAAAGUUGUGUUGAUCUUUGAUGGUCUGGAUGAAAGCAGAAUGACUCUGAUAUUUUCAGAACACAGUGAGAAAGUUUCUGAUGUGACUGACACUUCAUCAGUGGCUGUGUUGAUGUCAAACCUGAUCAAAGGAGAUCUGCUUCCCUCCGCUCUCAUCUGGAUCACCUCCAGACCAGCAGCAGCCAAUCAGAUCCCCUCCAAAUACAUCACGCGUGUGACAGAAAUCCAGGGAUUCAAUGAUCAUCAGAAGGAGGAAUACUUCAGGAAGAGAAUCAGUGAUGAACAUCAGUUCAACAGAAUCAUGUCACACAUUAGAAGAGCGAGAAGCCUCCACAUCAUGUGUCACAUACCAGUCUUCUGUUGGAUCUCAUCCACUGUGCUUCAGAAGAUCCUGACACAAGAUCACAGUGAAGAAAUCCCCAAAACUCUGAGUGAAAUGUACAUCCACUUCCUGCUGAUUCAGAUGAAGAUGAAGAAUGAGAAGUAUGAUCCAGAGAGAGAUCCAGAGAUCAACAGAGAAGUGAUUGUGAAACUGUCAGAAGUGGCUUUCAAACAGCUGAUGAAGGGCAAUGUGAUGUUCUAUGAGAAGGAUCUGAGAGAGUGUGGGAUAGACGUCACUGACGCCUCAGUGUAUUCUGGGAUCUGCACUGAGAUCUUUAAGGAGGAAUCUGUCUUUCAUCAGAGGAAGAUCUACAGCUUCAUACAUCUCAGCUUUCAGGAGUUUCUCGCAGCGCUCUAUGUGUUUUACUGCUGUUUAAUGAAGAAGAACUCUGAAGAUCUGCAGAUGAUUCUGGAGGAGAGAUAUGACUAUUAUAGGAGGUCUGAGAUCUCUCUGUCUCAGCUACUAACAUCGGCAGUAGAUAGAGCUGUUGAAAGUGAAACUGGUCAUCUGGAUCUUUACUUGAGAUUUCUACUGGGCAUCUCACUGGAGACCAAUCAAAGACUCUUACAGGAUCUACUGACACACACACACAACAGCUCAGAGGACAUCAACACAAUCACACAGCACAUUAAAGAUAGAAUCAAGAAAAGUGAUGGUCUCUCAUCUGACAGAUCCAUCAAUCUGUUUCUGUGUCUGUCUGAAGUGAAUGAUCAGACUCUGAACAGAGAGAUUGAGGAGUUUGUGAGAUCAGACAAACACUCAGAGGAGAAACUCUCUGCCGCUCAGUGUUCAGCGAUAGCAUACAUGCUUCAGAUGUCAGAGGAGAUGAUGGAUGAGUUUGAUCUGAAGAAAUACAACACAUCACAGGAGGGCAGAAGAAGACUCAUACCAGCUGUCAACAACUGCACAAGAGCACUGUUUUCCGGGUGUGAUCUGACGGAUGAGUGUUGUGUAAGUUUGUCUUCAUGUCUACAAUCAUCGACGUCUCUGAGAGAGCUGGACCUGAGUAACAAUGAUCUGAAGGAUUCAGGAGUGAAGCUGAUCUCUGAUGCUCUCAAGACUCACAACUGUCAACUACACACACUGAGAUUGUCGUUGUGUAAUGUGACUGAAGAGUGUUGUGUAAGUUUGUCUUCAUGUCUACAAUCAUCAUCGUCUCUGAGAGAGCUGGACCUGAGUAACAAUGAUCUGAAGGAUUCAGGAGUGAAGCUGAUCUCUGAUGCUCUCAAGACUCACAACUGUCAACUACACACACUGAGAUUGUCGUUGUGUAAUGUGACUGAAGAGUGUUGUGUAAAAAUGUCUUCAUGUCUACAAUCAUCAUCGUCUCUGAGAGAGCUGGACCUGAGUAACAAUGAUCUGAAGGAUUCAGGAGUGAAGCUGAUCUCUGAUGCUACAAAGACUCACAACUGUCAACUACACACACUGAGGUUGUCAGGUUGUAUGGUGACAGAUGAAGGUUGUUGUUCUUUGGCUUCAGCUCUGAGUUCACAGUCGUCACAUCUGAGAGAGCUGGAUCUGAGCUACAAUCACCCACAACACACAACACUUCAGCUGCUCUCUCACACACUCAAUGAUCCAAACUACACAAUCAAUGUGAGUCAUGGAGGAGAGAGAAGAAUUACAGCAGGACUACACAAGUAUGCGGUUGAUCUCACACUGGAUCUAAACACUACACACACUGAACUCAAAGUGUCUGAAGAUAACAGAAAGAUCACACGUGUGAGAGAGCGUCAGUCGUAUCCUGAUCAUCCAGACAGAUUUGAUGUGUAUCCUCAGGUGUUGUGUAGAGAGAGUCUGACUGGACGCUGUUACUGGGAGACUGAAUGGAGCGGAUCAGAUGUUGAUAUAUCCGUGUCAUAUAAAAGCAUUGAGAGGAGAGUGAGGAGUGAUGACAGUGUGUUUGGAUGGAAUGUAAAAUCAUGGAGUCUGUUCUGCUAUGAUCACAGAUUCACUGCAUGGCACAAUAAUAAUCGCACACACAUUAGUGUCUCUCCAGGUGUGUGUAAGAGAGCAGGUGUGUAUGUGGACCAGUUGGCCGGCACUCUGUCCUUCUACAGUGUCUCUGACACACACACACUCACACACUUACACACAUACUACACAACAUUCACUGAGCCUCUCUGUGCUGGAUUUGGUGUGAGUUAUAACUCGUCAGUGUGUCUGUGUGACAUAAACAGUCUCUAUAGAGCCUCCUGUUAAACACAAGAGAGACACACACAUAACCACAUGAGUUAUUACACAAAUAAUGUCAAAUCUUUUUCUUCUGUCAUCUGGACAUUAUGAUCUGUGUGUGUGUGUGUGUGUGUCUGAAAAUGAGCAAAGAAAUCACAAUAACUGUCAAUAAUGAGUAAAUAUAUAGAUCAUAACAGACAUUAAACUGUAUUUACAUUA